UAGAGACUGGAAUUGGCGCCAAAAUAUCAACUGCUUGUAGGCCUUGGAGAAAGAGCGGGAGUAUUAGAAAUAAGCAAUCAUGGACCUCUCCCAAUUUGAAAGGAAUAAUUUAGAUCCAUGCGUUGUGGAAUCAGCUGUACCGGAAUGCACAAAAUCAAAACCAUGUUGUAUGGGCAUUGACGAGGCUGGAAGAGGUCCAGUCUUAGGCCCUUUGGUGUAUGGGAUUUGCUACUGCCCACUGGACGAGGAUCAAAGACUUGCAGAGUUAGGAUUUGCAGAUUCAAAAACACUGUCUGAAGAAGCAAGGGAAGAAUUAUUCAAAAAAAUUGAUGAAAAUAAGGACUUCAUUGGCUGGAUGAUAGAUAUCAUUUCACCAACAUUCAUAUCAAACAAUAUGCUUCAGAGAACAAAAUAUAGCUUAAAUGCCAUUUCACAUGAUUCUGCUAUUGCAUUGGUGAAAAGAGCACUUGAGAAGGGUGUGAAUGUGAAAGAGCUUUAUGUUGACACGGUUGGUGAUGCAAAGAAAUAUGAAGCUAAGUUGAGUGAAAUAUUUCCAAGCAUUCAAGUUACAGUCACACCAAAAGCUGAUGCCAAGUUUCCCAUUGUUAGUGCUGCCAGUAUAUGUGCCAAGGUUGCAAGGGACAAAGCCCUAAAGACCUAGAAAUUUUUAGAGAAAGAAAUGAAUGAAGAUUAUGGAUCAGGAUACCCAAGUGACCCUCAAACAAAGAAAUGGUUGGCCAGUGUUCUCGACCCUGUAUUCGGUUAUCCACAAUUUGUUAGAUUCAGUUGGUCAACUACUAGUAAUAUACUGGAGAGUAAAGCAUUUAGUGUCGAGUGGGAAGAUGACGAGGAAGUUGAUGAAAGUACCAAAAACAUGGCUCCUAUUACCUCGUUCUUCUCACAGAAGAACAAACCAAAGGAGAUUCAGCGACACCGAUUCUUUAAAGAAAGACAAAUUGAACAAGUUGCAGAUUUGUAGAACAUAAUCCAUUUACUGAACAGAAUUGCAAUAUGGUCGUGUAUAAAUUGCUAGAGUGAAUAUUUAAUGAUUCUUUUUAAAAUACAUCCAUCCAUGCUGUAA